AUGUCCGGGACUCUAUAUAUCACUAUGAAUGAUUAUUUUAAUGAGAUAGCAACUUUAGAUAAAACUUUGAAACAAGCGAAGAAGGCUUUAGAUCAUAGUUUGGAAGUUAUUGGUGCAAAGAUGAAUAAGAAGUUUGACAAAUACUAUGGGAGUUUUGAAAAAGUGAAUAUGAUGAUGUUGAUCGCGGUGAUAUUGGAUCCGAGAAGAAAGAUGAGCUAUGUGCGGUAUUAUUAUAGAUUAAUCUAUGACGAUAGUGCAAAAGUUGAUGAAAUGUAUGAUAAGCGUCCUCAUGUCAUAGCAGAGGAACGAAUUGAGAGAUUGAAAGGAGAAGUGGGGAAGAUGUUGACAAGUGCAAUGUAUAAGCCUGCGGAAAAGUUGAACUUGAUUGAUCAGAUCCAACGCCUAGGAAUCACCUACCAUUUUGAACUUGAGAUAGAUAAGGAGCUGGAACAAAUCCGCAAAGGUUAUUUUGAGUAUCACUGUGAUGAUAACGACAAUGACCUAGACACGGUUGCUCUUCUCUUUCGAUUGUUGAGACAGCGUGGUUACCGUGUUUCAUGUGAAAUCUUUAACAAGUUCAAGGACGGUGAUGGGAAUUUUGGCAAAUCGCUCAUUGCCGACGUGCAAGGAUUACUAAGUCUAUUUGAAGCUUGCCAUCUGAGGUAUCAUGGCGAUGAUAAUUUGGAGGAUGCACUUGCCUUUACUACAACUCACCUUGAAUCAGUUGAUAAAAGGAAAGCAAGCCUUCAUCUCGGAAAAAAAGUAAGUCAUGCCCUAAAUCAGCCAAUCCAUAAGGGAAUGUCAAGGCUAGAGGCGAGGCAUUACAUUCCACUCUACCAAGAAGAGCCUUCGCAUAAUGAAGUCCUACUGUCCUUGGCUAAGCUUGAUUUCAACUUAGUGCAAGAGCAACACCGAAAGGAACUCGGCAACCUUACAAGGUGGUGGAAGGGUUUAGAUGUACAAAGGAAGUUUCCAUUUGCUAGAGAUAGGCUCGUGGAGAUGUAUGUCUGGUGGUUAGGAGAAUAUUACGAGCCAGAGCAUGAAGCCGCGAGGGAAAUACUAACCAAAUUGUCCAGCGUUGGUUCCAUUAUUGAUGACAUCUAUGAUGUCUAUGGAACAUGGGAAGAAUUAGAACUAUUCACGGAAGCAAUUGAAAGGUGGGAUGUUGAUGCCAAAGAUGGAUUGCCAGAGUACAUGCAAGAGUGUUACAAGAUAGUUCUUGAUUUGUAUGAUGAAAUUGGCUAUGAAUUCUCCCAAAAAGGACGUUCAUAUCGCCUCUUCUAUGCAAAAGAAGUGAUGAAAAAUCAAGCGAGAGCAUAUCUCGUCGAAGCCAAAUGCUUCCACCAAAACCAUGUACCGACAAUGGAGGAGUACAUGUCCAUUGCAUUACCCAGCUCUGGUAUUGUAUCGAUAUUGGCAUGGUCAUUUCUGGGAAUGGGAGAUAUUGUAACAAAAGAUGUUUUUGAUUGGCUUUUAUUCAACGACCCCAAGAUGGUGAAGGCUUCGUCAAUAAUCGGUCGGCUCUUGAAUGACAUUGCCGGACACCAGUUUGAGAAAGAGAGAGGUCAUGUGGCAUCUGCUGUGGAGUGUUUCAUGAAACAAUAUAGAGUUACUGAGGAAGAGGCUAAGGAGGAACUCCGUAAACAAGUGACCAAUGCAUGGAAGGACAUUAAUGAAGAGCUGUGCCGUCCAACUGUUGUCCCCAUGCCAAUCCUCGUGCGAAUUCUCAAUCUUACACAAGCCCUGCACAUGAUGUAUACUGGUGAAACAGAUCACUACACUAAUGCUGGAACCAAGAUGAAAGAGGUUGUGACUUCUCUGUUGGUCGAUCCGUUGCCAAUGUGA